CUUUGGCCUAUGGUGCCAAACCGUGCAGGGUGUACCCCGAGGAGCUCAGCUGCCAGAUCAGGGCUUGACUAAUGGAUUGGUCUUUCCUGGCUUGGCCCGGCCCCCAGUUGAUAAAUACUGUUGUCCAUUUGUCCCCUGACUUUUUCCCCAAGCCCUCUUGCAUUCAGGGGUAUUGUGCAUUGGAACAAUUUGUAUGGUGGGUGCUGAGAACCAUUGAUGGAAACCACUUCAAGCCAGGGGCUGCAGCAGCAGUCCUAGUUCCAGCACCUAUGCUUCUAUUGCCAAAUGUGACAAGGGAAAUAGGAUUUUUCCAUUUCCAUUGAAUACUGCGGAGAGAGGCAUAGACACAAAGUUGGGUCUUUUUGUGCAGUAGAUAUCAAGGAAAAAAACCUGGGUGCUGCUGAAGAUGUGUGGUACCCUUCAGAAAGCCUAUAGAGAAACCUCCUAAAUACAUCUAGAAUGGUACAGAAGUACUGUCAAAGAGGAAGCAGAAAAGUACUAAAGCAAAACUGCCUCUUCUGCCUCUAUAUGCAUCUAAUCAUUUUUUUUUUUUGGCCCUCUCUGUAUUGAAAGGGCUCGAUAUGGAAUUCACAGGUUUACAUUCAGUCUUUCCACAAGGCAAGCAGCCCAGUCUCUUCGAUUCACCUGCUGAGUGGUAUCUGAAGGCCAGACGGAGUGUUCAGAAGUUCACAGUCAAUCAGCUCGGGUUGUCUAUAUUUUCAAAUGAAGAAUCAAACAAGUAUGUUGCACACUCCUAUAACUUCUUCCUCUUCCCCACAACAUUUGGAGUCAUGGACUCUGAAUUCUCUUUCCAGGCAUCUAGCAUUCAGUUCCUGACGCAUUACAGUUUUGAUUAUAAUAAGUUUCUGAAAGAUGGAAUCCCAUAUACGAAUGAGGUACAGGAGAAGAAACUUCAGCAAGGUCUCUUAACUGGAAACUGGAAAGUUCGCAGCACUUUGGACAAGGAUAAAGUGAAAAAGGUGAUUGAUGAUGUGACACGCUGGGUGCCAUCAGCAGAAGAGGGAGGCUCUAUGGUUUUACAUGAUAUUAGUGGUUUUCAGAUAUUUGAGGUACAGCUGAUUCUGAGACAGGCACUUCCAGAUGUUUGGACAGAGCCUUUUGGAGACCAGAAGGUGAUGGUGAAAAAGGUGAGUCCACGGCAUCGCUGGUGUCUGGAGAACUCUUCUUAUGACUGCUGCCGAAAGGAGCUCGUUCUUCUCUCUGCCCGGGGUUUCACCAACCUCUUCCAGACUCUCGUUGAAGCCAAGAAGCCAAUGGUGGGACACAACAUGCUCAUGGACCUUCUGCAUCUUCAUGACAAGUUUUACAAGCCCCUCCCAGAAAGCUAUGAGGAGUUUAAAAAGAAUAUUCACAGCCUGUUUCCUGUCCUCAUAGACACCAAGCAUGUAACAAAAUCAAUCUGGAAGGAAUUUCAGUUUCCUCGAGCAUCUAACCUCCUAGAAGUUUAUGAAAUCCUGUGCAGUGACCUAAAUCCCACCAACCCCACAUGUCCAGUGAUUGCCCAUGCAAGUGACUGUUUAAAAUAUGCUGACAAGCAAUCCCCCCAUGAGGCGGCCUAUGAUGCAUUUCUCUGCGGAUCAGUUCUUUUGAAAUUAGCUCACUUGCUCCUGGGCAGAAUGCCAUGUGACACACUGGAGACUGGUUCCUCUUUCUCUCAGUAUCUCAAUGCAUUAACCAAGUACCUGAACCAGGUGAAUCUGAUCCGAGCUGGCGUUUCAACAAUCAAUUUCUCUGGCACAGAUGUCCCUACCCAACGUCCACCUCUUCUGAUUGCCAGUGUUCGGGGAUGGCCUGGGGUGGAUGAAGAACAGAUAUAUCAAAAGUUAAAAGCUCUGUGCAAGUUUGAUGUCAGACGACUGACUGAGAACCAAUUUCUGUUGCUCUCCAAUAAAUUUAAGGAUGUCAGGCUUGUUCUGCGAGAUUAUAAAGCUCACUCUAAUCUGCGGAUUUCACUCUAUCGCCACUGGAGACACUCACCGCAAGCAAACUGCUUGCUACAAAUUUGUGGGAUUGUGGCAUCGUGGUCUCUUCUGGCCUUUGUGAUUGGAGGAUCUCCAUGGUAUGCCAUGUAAAAGAUUAUCUUCUGGAGCAAUCUCAGGGACAUCUUUCCUAUCUAUGUGCUUGUCACCAGGAUGCCUGUUGUGGUUUUUUGUUUUUUUUCUUACACUGUUAACACAGUGAUGGUCAGUAAAAGGCAUUUAACAUUGGGUUUUUUGUUUGUUUGUUUGCGUUCAAUCACAAAACAAAAUCUGUGUUUAAGGAGACUCUCGGGUUUUGGGAAUCAAAUUUGAAGGGGAAAAUCCUCCUGGUUUUUAAAAUAUAUUUAUUAAAGAAGUACUACUAUACCUCUUCUUCAUGUGCAAGUGGACCAGAGAAUCCAUUGUCUUGAUGAGACUUUUAUCUUGGUCCCUGUUUAUUCUUCAACAACAUUAAUAAACCAGUUCUAUUUCAAGUA